AUGUCUGAUAUCCCUCAACUAUCUAACGUGGCCAUUAGCCUCAAAAACGGGGUAGCGAUUCUAAAGUAUGAUCGGCCCAAAGCAGGGAACGCUCUUAAUGUUCCAAUGAUUCAGGAUAUUCUAUCAGGGUUUAAAUGGGCAGAACAAGAAGAUGAGGUUAAGGUCAUUCUGCAGACAGGAGGAGGGAAUAUAUUCACUGCUGGACUUGAUUUGAAGGAUAAGUCCGUCGCUGAACCGGGCACAGUGAUUAGUGACUCCUUUUUGGACACAAUAAGGGAAUUGCACAGGGCCAUGAUCAAUUCCAACAAAAUCCUCGUUGCUGCUGUCAAUGGACCGGCGCCUGGUUGGGGAACUACCAGUCUUGCUUUGGCGGAUCUUGUUUACGCUUCUCCAAGCGCCGUAUUCUUCACCCCUUUCGUUCAAUUAGGAAUCGCCGCCGAAGCGUGCUCCAGUAUAACGUUCAGCAAGAUCAUGGGUCAUCAAAAGGCGGCCUCGCUCCUUCUUGCUGGCGACAAAAUGACAGCUAAUGAGCUAGAAAACGCGGGAUUGGUUACGAAAGUUCUUCCCGUGCAGGAUUUCCUGGAGAACGUGUUACAAAUAUGUUAUCGAAUCGCGAGUCAGCCUCCUGAAGCGCUGCAGCUCAACAAGAAUCUUUUGAUGCGGACUUCCAGACAGGAGUUGCUUGAUGCGAAUGAAGCAGAAUUGCAGGUUCUCAGGACAAAGGCGCAGAGCCCUGAAGCCCGGUCGGCUGUCAACGCCUUUCUUGUUGAUCAAGGGCGAAAAGAGCAAAAGAAAGCCCAAUCCAAACUAUAA